AUGCUGGACGCCGCCCUGACAGUCGAGGCCACUCGGCACCACAAGCAGCUCAAGUACGAGAGGCUGCUGCACGCUUUCCGCGUCCACAGCGGCGCCGCGGGCGCGAUAUGGGUCGACGGCGACACCUGGCUCCAACCUGCUGGCGGAGGAGACCUGGAGCGGUUCAUGCGACUUACAAAGCAUCAUGAUUUUGUCAUCGGGCGGGACCACCAGGACGGGGAGAACCCCGCGGGCAUUUGGAGCGACCUGGCUUUUGGCUACCCGCCUGACGAGUCUGGCGUGUGCUCGUCUGGCGUGAACUCGGGUGUCUUUUGGGUGCGCCGAUCAGCAUUCAUGAUCGAGUGGAUGGCGAGGCUGGUCGGAGCAAUGAACCAGUCGGACCAGUGCCUCAUCAACUAUCUGAUCCGUUGUGGCGGAUCAUUGGUAUCGGAACAUAAGCUCGUUUCGUGA